AUGGAUAGCAAUUCAGAUGUUUACAUUUUAGGAGAUUCAGAAAAUGAACAUUAUUUAAUUCAAAAUGAUGAAAUGGAUGAGAAAAAAAGAAAAAGUAUUGAGGGACAUAAUUGCGAAAUGGUUUCUCCGGAAGAAUUUUUAAUUCAUAAUGGAAAUCAUCUUUUGUAUUCUGAUGACAUAUCACUUUUAAAUGUAAAAAGUGAAAUUAAUGAAAAUGGAAUAAUAAUAGAACACAUGGAUAUACAGUGUCCACUUUACACUUUAAGAAAUAUUCUUCAAAAACGUUUUAAUAUUGACUUAUCGGAAUAUACUUUCUGGUUGCAAGAUGCUCAAAUGCUUGAGCCGCAUAAAAAUUUAGUAGAUCAAUGUGUACAAGGAGAAGGUUUGGUUCAAAUAAAUGUUGAAAUAAAAAUAGAAGGAGAUUCUAAAAAGAUAAAUAUAAUUGAUGUGUUAAAACCUACAGAUGAAUUUUUAGAAUGCAAUGAAGAUAAAUUUGAAGAAAAAAAAGAGUUGGCUGCUCAAUGGGUUAUCGAUAGUAAUUUUAGUAAAGAACUUGAACGUUUAAAAGUACCCAAAGAUCCAAAAUUAUGGAACAAACAACAUGUUAAAUUAUGGUUAGUUUGGGCUGUAAGGCAAUUCAAUUUAAGUGGUCUUAAACUCUCAGAUUGGAUGAUAAAUGGUAGCGAUUUAUGUAAAAUGUCAUUAGAUAGCUUUAAGAAAAAAGUUCCCAAAGAUCCUGAUGAUUUAUUUUGGACUCAUUUAGAACUAUUAAGAAAAUGUAAAUUUGUGGCUAUAAUUCAAAACCAAAAAGCAGAAGAAAAACCGACAAUAGAAAUAAUGCCUUCGACAUCUGGUGAAAGUAAAAAAGUUGGCAGAAUGCAAAAUCGUAGAAAAAUUUCAAGAGUUUUAGGAUCAAAUUCUGUUGUUAACGAGCAUAAAACAGGAGGAGGCAACAGAACAGGUAACAAUGGUCAAAUUCAGUUAUGGCAAUUUCUAUUAGAAUUACUCACUGAUAAAUAUCAUCGUGAUGUUAUCCAAUGGGUGACUGAUGAUGGAGAAUUUAAAUUAAAUAAUCCUGAAAUGGUGGCUCAACUUUGGGGUCAAAGAAAAAAUAAACCGGCCAUGACAUAUGAAAAAUUAAGCAGAGCUUUAAGGUAUUAUUACGAUGGUGAUAUGAUAUCUAAGGCAAGUUUUAUUAUUAUUAUUAUUGUUUAUUUUUUGUUUUGUUUGUUAUGGAUAGUUAAAGGUUAUAGUGCUUCAGAAUUAAAUCAUUUGGUGACAGAAAGCGCUAUAAAAAGUGGAAUAGACACAACUUAUUGUGAUUAUUAUGAACACGUUUUACAGUAA